CAGUUUAGUAUAAAACUAUGGGAUAUUAUAUAAAAGUAAUUUUUAUUAUUAAUAUGGUCACACUUACCAAUUCAGUGGUUACAAUCAAUCGCGUGAUUGGAACUAAUAAUUUUUAUGAGUUUUAUCAUGCUACGGACACCUUUACUAAUUUAAAACAACAAGAAUCUUUUUGUAAAGAAUACAAUGCAGAAUGUUUAGAAAAAAGUUGCAUGACCUGUACGUGUGCAGAAGAUUACAUAUUUGUUUCAUAUUUGUACGGAUGUGUAACCUAUGAUAAUGCUGUGGGCUAUUUAAAUGGAACAAUGUGUCUUGUCUAUAGAGAAAAUGCUGAUUUCUUGCCUGCGGUGACAAGUGAUACAUUUCAAGAUAACAAGUGUAAAAAAAUCUCUGGCUCCAAAUAUCUUAAUAUAUCUUUUAUAUAUCAAAAAUAUAAUUCGUGUGCGUAUAGUGGUGUAGAAAUCUAUAAUAGUUUAUAUGGUAUAAAAGAUAUUCUGCCAAAUAAAAGCUUAAAUGACGUUGACGAUAUCCUUUGGAAAAAAGUAAACUUGAGUUUUUUGGUAGACAAAAAAAACGGCGAGAUAUGCUUGCAAGGCAACUUCAAUGGUUUUACGAUAGUAACUGGAAAAAUAGUUAAAAUGCUUAUUAAUUGUCAAGAUGUAAACCAGUCAUUUUUGAAUACAUGCAUUUUGUUUAAGUAUGCAGGAAACUAUAACAUAGAUAUAGAUUUUAUUCAGAGUACACAAAAUAAAUCAACUACUGGAAUAAUUGUUGGAGUAUGCCUUGCUUGCUUAUGUCUACUUCUUAUUGUUUUGCUUUUUGUUUUCUGGCUAAUAAGACGAAGAAAACCUUUAUCAGUUACUACAGAUGAAGAUGCUGAAAAAGAAAAUGACUAUCAGGAGAUUGCUACUCGUUAUGAAACUAUUCCAGAUGAAAGUUUGAAAAGAAAAUCAUUUGAGGAAGUGAAUGCUUAUUAUUCAUCUGAAGUAUCAAAAGAGGAGUUAAAUCCAUAUUAUGCUCAACAGAAAAAAAAUAUAGUAACAAAUACUUAAAUGUUCUUGUUGUAAGCAAGUAAAUUCAUUGUUUUGAAUUAUAAAAAUGAGCGAACAAUUUUACUUUAAUUAAAAAAACAUAAUUAUAAACUUUAAAUACGAUACAAAUAAAGUUAAGAAGAUGUUGAUAUUUUAAACCUCUGAGAUUGACUUUGAUUAAAACGACAUAUAAUGAUUUAGAUAAACUUGAUUGACCUAGGCAUGAUUCAAAUUGAGAAUAAUUCGUGACGCGAUGGAGGACGAUUUAUAAAUAUUUGAAAUGUUAUUUCUGUAAAUUUUUUUAAUUUUUUACUUUUUUAUAUGUUUUGUUUGAUUACUUUUUAUAAAUUAAAAAUAACAACUUUGCAUAACAAUAAACUAAAAAUAA